AUGCAAUGUUCUUAUACUAGCAAAUUUACAAACCAUCCAGUAUUCGAUUAUCUAUCUAUCUAUCUAUCUAUCUAUCUAUCUAUCUAUCUAUCUAUCUAUCUAUUAUAUAUCUAUAACAUAUCUAUCUAUCUAUCUAUCUAUCAAUUAUAUAUCUAUAACAUAUCUAUCUAUCAUAUGCCCAUCUAUCACAGUCUUUUGAUUAUCUAUCUAUCUAUCACAGUCUUUUCAUUAUCUAUCUAUCUGUCUAUCUAUCAAUCUAUCUAUCUAUCUAUCUAUCUAUCAAGUCUUUUCAUUAUCUAUCUAUCUAUCUAUCACGGCCUUUUCAUUAUCUAUCUAUCACAGUUUUUCAUUAUCUAUCUAUCUAUCUAUCUAUCUAUCACAGUCUUUUCAUUAUCUAUCUAUCUAUCUAUCACAGUCCUUUCAUUAUCUAUCUAUCUAUCUAUCUAUCUAUCACAGUCUUUUCAUUAUCUAUCUAUCUAUCUAUCUAUCUAUCUAUCUAUCUAUCACAGUCUUUUCAUUAUCUAUCUAUCUAUCUAUCUAUCUAUUACAGUCUUUUCAUUAUCUAUCUAUCUAUCACAGUCUUUUCAUUAUCUAUCUAUCUAUCUAUAUAUCUAUCUAUCUAUUACAGUCUUUUCAUUAUCUAUCUAUCUAUAUAUCUAUCUAUCUAUCACAGUCUUUUCAUUAUGUAUCUAUCUAUCUAUCUAUCUAUCUGUCACAGUCUUUUCAUUAUCUAUCUAUCACAGUUUUUCAUUAUCUAUCUAUCUAUCUAUCUAUCUAUCUAUCUAUCUAUCUCUAUCUAUCUAUCUAUCUAUCGCAUAUGCCCGUUAUCUAUCUAUAUAUCUAUCUAUCUAUUCUUGUUCAUUAUCUAUAUAUCUAUAA